AUGGAAUUAAUAUGUGUUCCCGACUUAGAUGGCUCCGUCUCGACUGUCAGUCCAGACGGUGAUCUUCUUUACGAGAACGGAGUACCAAAUUCCGCUUGUAUAUACGCCACCUGGAAACGAUUCAAUUCCUGCUCGAUAAGAAUGGGCUCAAACUACUAUUACCCACAGCGAAAGCCUGAUUUGCAUGCUCCUCACAAGGGGGCUUUGUUCGAAACCGUGCUUGGAUGGGCUGCCUCCAGGGCUAGCUAUAAUUUAGUGUCCCCUCUUAUUGCCAACGGGGCGAAUGUCCAUGCUCGGCAGAUGGGUCCUGCAGGUUCUCGGCUUGGUAUCCAGCAGGUCACUGCGCUGCAUGUGCGAGCUCUUGCUGGAAUUAUAGAAGCCAUGCAGAGAUGGUAUCUCGGCGUGGUAGCAAGAGAUGUCUCCCACCGCACUGGGUGGCCGCGGGCAACACUCAGUGAUGAAGACCUGCUCCCCAACGAUGAGUCUACUCACCAGACCAUAGAGACCUUCAGGCUGAUAUUAACGGGCAACGCUCCUCUCGAUGAAGGUGUGGGGGUUGGGGCAAGCUCCUGGCCAGGUAGUCAAGGAAUAGACCACUUGAGAGGACACAUGAGGGCCGCAUUUGAGCGCAAGAUGGGAUGGGUCGGGAAUUUCAAGAAGCCGAAGGCUUAA